AAAUGUCGUCCACACGGACAGGUCCACUAGACGCGUUGUAUAUUGGAGUCGCUAUAAAGUUGCUAGCCCUCGCGUUUGGGUAACUUGCUGACCCUCGUACAGACUUUCCUGACUUUACCUUGUUAAUCGUAUUCAACCCCCGAGGCCUGGUUCUCAUGAUUCGCGAUACUGGACAAGUAGUCUUGAAUAGGUUCGGUUUGUGGCAGGUUGUGGGGGACGACGCUCUAUGGCGUAACACACUCCUUGUACCAAGUUACGUGGCUGGCGUAUCGACUCUGCUCCUCGUUGGGCAAGCUAUCGCCAUUGCACUCCAUAGACGCAAAAAUGUGUCAGACGACGUUGAAGAGUCCUCGACGCGUCUUCGUGGACAUAUCUCCGCACUCGGAGGGCCCAUAAUAUUCACGUUCAAAUUGGCUCGGCUGGUUGCGUGCCUUGCGCUGGUCGUCCUAUCUGCCGUCUCCAUGUAUAAGGUUUCAUCGCAUCUCGAUUUCUCCCACACAGGAUUGACGCAUGCUGCGUUGUGCGCUACUUUCAUCUACGCGUCCUUGCUGGCAAUAUUGACUGUGGUGACCAAGCCUUUGUGGAACUCCUUGAUAACUAAGCAUCUGAUAAUUGUCUUGCUCGCACCAUGGGCUGUUUAUGUCUAUCGAGACCUGUGGCCUUUGGCAACGUAUACACUGAGCCCUGCAGACAGUGCCGAAGGCUGGCUGAUCUGGACGAAAGUCAUCGUCUUGACCUUCGCUGCUAUAGUGGUUCCACUGUUGAUGCCUAGACAAUAUGUUCCUUUCGAUCCUUUGAAUCCUUCACUAGUACCCCAUCCUGAGCAGACAACAUCUUGGUUAUCCAUGGUCCUAUUCGCUUACUUGACCCCCUUCGUCUUUAAGGCUUACAAGCAGCCUCGUCUAACCUUAGAAGAUCUACCUCCUAUGAACGAUCGCGAUACUUUGAAGAACUUGAUAUCUGAAAGCUAUGCCGAUCUUGAUCCCCUCCAAAACAAGAAAAAGCGACAUGUACUAUUUGGUUUGGUAUUGAGGGUGUAUUUGUUUGAUCAUGUUAAGAUGGCUGUAAUGCUCAUAUUGCACGUAAUCGGCUCGUUCGCCGCCCCAAUAGGUAUCAAUUACCUGCUCAAAUACCUUGAAACUGGAGGAGAGAAUGCAAUCGUUCGACCAUGGUUCUGGAUUGCUUGGUUGUUCUUUGGACCAUUGAUUUCAGGCAUGACUUUCAAUCUCUACUUCUACAUCGCCUUGCGGACGAUUGUCAGAGCUCAGGGAGUACUGACACAGCUCAUCUUUGAUCAUGCACUACGAAUCCGUGUUCAGGGGGACGUGAAAGAAGACAGCUUGACGCAGGAGAGUCCAGCUUCCGAACAUCCCUCUCCUGAGGGCAGCUCGAAUGCACGAGGGGGAUCCUCUUCCGACGUCGAUGAAGAGACUGUGGCUUCCAGCACCAGUUUCGAUGCGAAGGCCGACGACCAGUCAUCUGAGACUCCGAAACAAGAAUCGAAACCUAACACAGCCAACCUCGCGGGAAGGCUCAAUAAUCUUGUUACCAGUGAUAUGAGCAACGUCCAUGGUGGACAAGGCUUUAUGCUUCUUAUGUUCUAUGUCCCUACGCAGCUGACACUCAGUUUGAUCUAUUUGUAUUCGCUGUUAGGUUGGAGUGUAUUACCUGGAGUUGCAGCGAUGGCUUUACUCUCCCCACUUCCGGGCUAUGUCGUCAAAGCGCUGUCAUCUAUGCAGACUGAAAAGAUGAAAAAGAGCGACGCCCGAGUUCAAAGUGUAACAGAAUCCAUGAAUGUAAUACGAAUGAUAAAGCAGUUCGGUUGGGAAGACAAGAUGAGCGCAUUGCUCGACGGUAGGCGUCAGGAAGAGCUCAAAUUUGUCCGGAAGUUGCGUUUGCUCGAACUAGCGACCAUGAAUAUUAGUGCGUUCAUACCUUGCGCGACAAUGAUCGUCACCUAUGGAAUCUAUACUUUAGCCAUGGGUCGAGAAUUGACUGCAUCUCGAGUAUUUGCCUCGGUCGCCGUCUUUGGAAUCGUCCAAGAGCACUUCCAAGGAAUAUUCUUCCUAUUCCCCGGCUUGAUUCAAGCCAAAGUGUCCAUAGACCGAAUCAAUGAUUUCUUGUCCAAGACGGAAUUAUUGGAUCAAUUUUCCACUGGCAGUUCAGCAGCAACGAGUACACCAUCUGCUUCGUCAGAAAUAUGUAUUCGUCAGGCCGCAUUCACUUGGUCAAGCGACACGGAAGACGUCAACUUGCCUGCAUCGUCACAACGCAGUUUUGCCCUCCGCAUUGAGGAUGAAUUGAUCUUUAAACGUGGCCGUAUCAAUUUAGUUGUCGGUCAGACCGGUUCCGGCAAGACAUCCCUUUUGAUGGCUUUAUUGGGCGAAAUGCACAAUAUCCCGCUUGGUCCACAAUCACUCGUCAAUCUGCCUCGUGAACGAGGUAUUGCAUACCAUGCACAGGAAUCUUGGGUAUUGAACGAAACGAUACGAAACAACAUAUUAUUCGGCGCUCCAUAUGACGAAGAGCGAUACAAUGCGGUGAUUGAACAAUGUGCACUUGAACGUGAUCUUGGCCUGUUUGAUGCUGGCGACCAGACCGAGGUUGGAGAAAAGGGUAUUACUCUGAGUGGUGGACAAAAGGCUCGCGUUACUCUCGCCCGCGCUGUGUAUUCCUCUGCAGAUAUUCUGCUCCUCGACGAUGUUCUUGCUGCACUGGAUGUACAUACCUCUCGCUGGAUCGUUGACAAAUGUUUUCGAGGAGAUCUCAUGCGUGGCCGUACGGUCAUUUUGGUGACCCAUAAUGUCGCAUUGGCCACACCCAUUUCCGACUUUGUGGUGUCUCUUGGGUCUGAUGGACGUAUACUGAGCCAAGGGUCCCUGUCGACGGCACUCGCCAAAGAUCAGCAGCUUUCAGCAGAAGCGGCGAAAGAAAGUGAAGUGAUCGAAAAAGCGGAGCAUGAGGUUGAUCAAGAGACCGGCGAUAAAACACCUAAAACGACAGAUGGGAAGCUUGUCACGGCUGAAGAGGUUUCAGAAGGCCAUGUCAGUUGGUCCGCAAUGAAGCUCUUACUCGUCAAUAUGGCGGGAAAACCUGGAGCCAUCGUAUUUUGGGGUGCCUUCUUGGUGCUGGGCCUCGUGACUAGAACCAUGAGCAAUCUUGACAUUUGGAUCAUUGGCCUGUGGGCACGUCAGUACGAGUUGCAGGAUCCGCAAGACGUUUCAGUCGCAUUUUAUAUGUCCCUCUACCUCGUCAACAUGCUCUCUGGGAUGCUCGUGUUCUCUGCUGCUUUCCUACUGUUUGUCUUCGGAAGCAUGCGAGCCUCUCGCGCCAUUCACAGGCUUCUCAUCAACUCGGUUUUCAGCGCAACAUUACGGUGGUUGGACCGAACACCUGUCUCAAGAAUCAUUACGCGAUGUAGCCAAGAUAUACAAAGCAUCGACUCGACCCUGUCACAAAUGCUACUGAAUCUGUUUGACGUGACAUUUACCAUUGUCGUCAAGUUCUUAGCAGUCAUAUUACUCUCUCCGAUUUUCCUUUUCCCCGGUCUUGUUCUGGUCGCUGUCGGUAUCUGGUUUGGCCACAUCUAUAUGCAAGCACAAUUACCUGUGAAACGGGAGUCUAGUAAUGCUCGAGCGCCGGUUCUAGGCCAUUUCGGUGCUGCAAUCACAGGUUUAGUUUCAAUCCGCGCAUACGGCGCCCAGGAGAUGUUUAGACAAGAGUUGUAUCGUCGCACAGACCGAUACACACGUGUAACAAGAGAGUUCUGGAAUCUGAAUAGAUGGAUAGUCAUUCAAACUGAUGUACUAGCCGGUAUGUUUUGCGCAAGCCUUGCUGCAUACCUCAUCUACAGUGGCCACAUGGAUGCUUCAAAGACUGGUUUCUCAAUCAACAUGGCCAUUGGUUUCAGUGGCAUGAUUCUCCUUUGGGUGCGGAUGUUCAAUAGGGUGGAGACUGAGGGUCAGUAUCUUCCAGAGCGUAUUCAACAAUAUUUACAAAUCGAGCAUGAACCCAAACCGACAGAAAGCGGUAUCCCACCAGCGUAUUGGCCAGCCAGCGGGGACCUCAAAGUCGAGAACCUGUCUGCGCGAUACUCGGCUGACGGCCCCAAGGUCCUUCAUGACCUGAAUUUCCAUGUAAAUUCUGGAGAGCAUAUUGGCAUUGUCGGUAGAACUGGUAGUGGGAAGAGCUCUUUGACCUUGGCGUUACUACGCUGCAUUCUGACCGAAGGCGGAGUUUAUUACGAUGGUAUACCAACCGAUACUCUGAACCUGGAUGCCUUGCGGUCUAACAUCACUAUCAUCCCACAAGUGCCGGAACUUCUUAGCGGUACCGUUCGUCAGAACUUAGAUCCUUUCUCACAGCACGACGAUGCCGUUUUGAACGAUGCCUUGCGUUCUGCGGGACUCUUUUCAUUGCAAAACGAAGGGUCAGCGAGCAAAAUCACCCUAGACACACAGAUAACUGGUAGUGGCAGCAACCUAUCUGUUGGACAACGUCAAAUUCUGGCACUCGCAAGGGCCAUGGUUCGUCAAAGCAAGUUGUUGAUUCUUGAUGAAGCAACCUCUGCCAUAGACUAUGAGACCGAUACCGUCAUUCAGACUUCCCUCCGAAAGGAGCUUCCCAAGGACGUCACAUUGCUUAUUGUCGCACAUCGACUGCAGACAAUCAUGGAUGCCAACAGGAUAAUGGUCUUGGACGCUGGUCACAUCGUUGAAUUCGAUGAGCCUAGCAAAUUGCUCGAAAAGAAGGAUGGUUUGCUCCGUGCCUUGGUCGAGGAGAGUGGUGAUAAAGACAUUUUACUGGAGAUGGCUGCAAAGUCUUCAUAGAAAUAGAUCACAUACGUAGUA